GAGGUAUGUUACAACAUCAGACACUUCGAGUUGCACGGCCGAGAGCUUAGAGACCCUUGGUCAUGUCGGCAUGCUGCGUUUUAUCAACAAUAUUCGUUCGCUAAGCAUUCAUCAACCUGGAUCAUCAUUCAGGGGCCCUCGAAACUCAAAUCGUAUAUUGAAAGAGUUGUUCCAGUGCAGGCUCGGUUAUCACCAGCAGUUCAUGAGCAUCCGCUCUACCUUCAUGUGCACUUUUUCAAAAUGCUUGAGCGGAACUGGACAAGCUAUUUGAUUACCUUGGAGGAGCAGCGUCGUGAGACAAGUGACAAAUUCCUAUUUCUCGGCUCAUGUAAAAUCUCUGUCGAGCUGCAAGAUAUUCAUGACAUUCACAAAAUCCAAGCCAGAACGCGCGCAGCGAUCUCCAUAAUUGAAGGGACAAUGGAUGUCAUCAGCACAGUUGUUGAUCUGCGCAACCUAGUACAAGAUUAUGCGAACCAGGCAUGCCAGUCUCCCUUGGCUUCAAAUUUGUCACAUCUAGUAGUUGCGGAGCUUAAACAACUACUGAGUAUUUUUCGGAAUCAUAUGCGCACUGCAUCAAAGAUCCUCCAAUCUUUAGAGGACACUAAAGUCAUGCUCCUCGCAAUCAUAAACCACCGCCAUAAUGAUGUAAUCCAAAUGCACACGAGCUCCAUAGAUGCACUCUCAGCCGCUGCUUCCACCGACAGUCGGCUACGAACCCAAAUCGCUAGUAAAACGUUAGCAGAAUCCAGCAUCAUGCGGAUAGCAACACUCAUAACGGUUUUCUAUCUUCCAAUUAAUCUCACAACAGCAUUUUUUAGUACUAAUUUGAUGAUCUUUCAAGGAACUGGAACAAUAGAGCUACGGAAAUCGGUUUGGGUGUUUAUAGUUAUGACGGGCGUACUUUUAGGAAGUACAGUAAUGGCUGCUUGGAUUUGGAAGAGGAUAGAGAAGGCUAGGGGGAGGAAGAAUAGAGUUCAUUGAGGUGGGUUUGAAGUCGGAAACCGACCACAUACGAAGAAACCAAUUCCUGAGCCGCACGAUAAGACGAUAUCAUGAAAACGAGCGUACCUCCUACUUGUUCAAGGACCAUGUUGCUCCUUUUUGGAAUAGGCGACACCUGACAAGCACUAGCCAGUGUUCUCAUAGCCUAUCCCACACCGACCAGGCCCAACAAGCGCUAUCUGAGGUGCUGGCACCAAGCAUUCCUUGCGUAUCUAAUUAAGCAGCGUUCCACGAUUGACAAAGUUGGGAUCGCGAUAAAAAGGGACAGCGCAGGAAGAGCUCGGCGGGGUCUCUGGUGUCUCUAUAAAGGCGCGGUGCCAUUAGCCUUGGUACACCGCACAGGACCACUAGCAGCAACUUGUUUGGGUAUA